UGGCACUCCGGGGGCGCCCUCCAGCAGAGGCGCCGCACAGCAGAGGGGGCCACCGUGGCCACCGCAGAGCGUGCGGGGGUCGGUCUGGCGGCAGGCAGCGGAGGGGCGACUGCGCCCGCGCAGCAGAGCCGAGUGGAGUGGAGCGCGCAACCUGACCGCCGCCGCCUGGCAUAUGCCAUCACCGCCACAAAGAGCUCGCUGAGCUCAGGCGGCGGGAGCUCCAGGGGCUGCGCGGAACGGGAGGCUCUUCGCGGCAGACCCGGGGGGAAGGGACCGGACUGAGGAUGGCCCAGAAGAGAAAGCCCCCCAGCAGUCAGGAAAAAACAGAGCCUGAGGAUCAAGAUGAGGAGGAUAUCUACCUUCCAGAUGAACCUGAACCCAUUCAAGGAGCCGCUCAAGGAGCCGCUCAAGGAGCCACUCGGUUUCAUCAUGAACCUCGAGUAGGUCUCCCAAGGAGGUAUGAUCCAGAUUUCCAGGGACCUAUUGCCAAAAGGAGUUGUACGGACAUUCUAUGCUGUAUGAUCUUCCUACUGUUUAUUUUGGGCUACAUUCUGUUAGGACUCUUGGCUUGGGCACAUGGUGACCCCAGAAAAAUGGCCUAUCCUACAGACAGCCGUGGACACUUUUGUGGCCAGAAGGGAACCCCCAAUGAGAACAAGACAAUUCUGUUUUACUUCAACAUAUUUAAAUGCACCAGUGUUUCCACAAUGCUUCGGCUACAGUGCUCGACCACACAGAUCUGCGUUUCCCGGUGCCCAGAGACAUUCCUCACCUACUUGGACAUGCAGUUUUUGAACAGAAAAGACAAAAACUACUGGGAAUACUAUCGCCAGUUCUGCAAGGCCAAGGCCAAUCCUGUGAAGAGUCUCAGAGAUCUUCUGUCCAGUGGUGACUGUCCUCUAGCAGUGUACCCGAGCAGACCUUUUCUGCAGAGAUGUGUACCUGACCUUUCAGCUCUCAAUGGCACCUUGACUUUAGGAAAAGGGAUGCACUUUCAAGACGGAAGUGGGCAGACCAGGAAUAUUGUAGAACUCAGGGAGGCUGCAAAUGGCAUUAGUGAUGUGAUCAAUGCCAGGACGAUCGGGCUGAAGCUGCUUGAAGACUAUUUGACCUCGUGGAAAUGGAUUCUCCUCGGCCUGACUGUUGCCAUGGCACUGAGUUGGAUUUUUUUGAUACUUCUGAGGUUCACAGCUGGAUUCCUCUUCUGGUUCUUCAUAUUUGGUGUGCUUGGAAUUAUAGGAUAUGGAAUAUGGUACUGUUUUGUGGAGUACAUCAGCAUUCAGGAGAAACCACGGUCAGCGUUCUGGAUGUACAACUUCAGGAUUCAGAGAUUAAACAUGUUCUUUCACUUGAAGGAGACCUGGUUUUCAAUGAUGAUCAUCUUGUUCAUCAUUGAAGUCAUCAUCAUCAUUGUGUUGAUCUUCCUCAGGACUCGGAUUCGAGUGGCCAUCAUCCUGCUGAAGGAAGGAAGCAAAGCCAUUGGCUACCUUCCCAGUGCGUUACUGUACCCAGUGUUAACCUUCAUCUUGCUAUCAAUCUGCAUUUCCUACUGGGCAGUGACAGCUGUUUUCUUGGCUACAUCAGGGGAACCAAUAUUCAAAGUUAUGGUCCCAGAGGGGCAAUGUAUAUAUGAAGAUGAAGUUUGUGACCCAGAGAUUUUUCCUAAAACUAUCAUUCCCAAAGACUGCCCCGGUGCAUCGUGUAACUUUGCUUUCUAUGGUGGAAGAAACAUGUACCACGAUUACAUCUUGACCUUCCAGAUCUACAACCUCUUUGGCUUCCUUUGGCUUAUAAACUUUGUCAUUGCAUUGGGUCAAUGUGCCCUUGCUGGUGCCUUUGCUUCUUAUUACUGGGCAAUGAGAAAACCUGAAGACAUUCCGAAGUACCCACUCUUUACUGCGUUCGGGCGAGCAGUACGAUACCACACAGGGUCUCUGGCCUUUGGAUCUUUGAUCCUUGCAUCCGUUCAGCUGUUUAAAGCAAUCAUAGAGUACCUGGACAGGCGACUUAAAAAGGCUCAGAACAGUUUGGCUCAGUUCCUGCAAUGUUGCCUACAGUGUUGUUUCUGGUGUUUGGAGAAGAUGGUGAAGUUUUUAAACAGAAAUGCGUACAUUAUGAUUGCGUUAUAUGGCAAAAACUUCUGUGAGUCAACAAGAGAUGCUUUCUACCUACUCAUGAGAAACAUUUUGAAAGUCACAGUUACAGAUGAAGUCACAUAUUUUGUAUUACUCCUGGGAAAAGUCCUGGUUUCUGGGAUUGUAGGUGUCCUGGCCUUCCUGCUCUUCACAGAAAGACUGCAAGUAAUUGUAGAAGGACCAACGACUUUAAAUUACUACUGGGUCCCCUUCCUGACUCUUGUGUUUGGAUCUUACAUGAUCGCUCACGGGUUCUUCAGCGUCUAUUCAAUGUGUGUUGAAACCAUUUUCAUCUGCUUCUGUGAAGAUCUGGAGAGGAAUGACGGGUCUGCCGAGAAGCCUUACUUUGUUACACCCAGCCUGCACAGCAUUCUGACCAAGAAGCGUCCAGUUCCCCAGAGAUAGAUCAGAGUAGAGAGGCUCCACGCAGGAGCUGUGUGAAUUAGGUUGUCUGCAACACGAAACUGCUGCUCUAGGGCAGUAUUUCUGCUGUGUCUGGAAAGGGGCACUUGGUGCCGUCUGAGGGAUUAGGCAUUUGACUGGCCUAGUUUACUUUCUAGACUGCGGUCCCAAGUGCAAACAUCUGUAGCUGACAAUGUUUUAAUAACUUUUAUAACUUUGCUAGCCUUUCUCUUUUAUAGGUGUAUGUUUGUAAAGGGUAUUCAGGCAGUUUUUUUUUACAACACUAUAAAUGUGUAAUCAAUUAGCCAUAAAAAUAUUGAGUUGUAGUUGAUCAGCAUAUGGUACUGAGUUUGUAAAUAUGCUGCUAAGGUUGUAGUUACUGUUGAAGCUGGUGGAGACAGCUCUAAAACUGUGAUUCAGCUUGUAUUCCUGGUUUCCUAGAAAGCAUAUUUCAAGUGGGCCCAGUGGGCCCAGCACUAACCCUUUUGACGUGAAGUGAGCCUGGAGCCUCAGCUCUCUGUUAUAAUGAAAUGAGACUCAUACUUGGGUGAAGUCAGACUUAGGGGAUGUCCGCUCCACUUCUGUGAGCCCCGGCCACCGGAGAAUAUCUGAACAGAGCAGAAAUAGCUACCUCCCUCAUUUCUUGUCUCUCCUGAGUUUCCUGACACAGCCGUGUAGAAGGCCUGUGGAUUCUCCUUUUCAUGGGGACACCCAUGCUCAAGGUCAAAGUUCAACUUUCAGUGAGGGGGAAAAGCCGAUGAGCCUGUUCAGACCGUGGCCUCCUGUCAGGUACCACAUCUGGUGCUUCCUUGGAGUAUGUAUACUUCAGAUCAAGAGUUCUUCCAUGACCACAGCCCCAGGGCUUAGAGUGGAAGCUAGCUUGUUGUGGCCAUGCCUAAAUCUCACACGGUGCAGAAAAGCGAAUUGGACCAACAUGAGCUGCAUGAUUUUCCCUGUGUGUGGAAAUGGAUCACCUGGCUAAGGAUAAAAAGGCCUUCCACAGAGCACAGGAUUAACUGGUGCCCUUUGGUUUUGACACUAAACUCACUUCAGGUUAUCUAUAUAUUAAUAAUGUAAUGUGUGGCUAUCAAUAAGGCACACAUAUUUGAGAGUUGGAAAUAUAUCCUUGUGUUAUAAGUUAAUAGAAAUGCUAAUUUACUUAUCCUGAAGUGUGUGAACCUAGAUUUAGAAUGGUUGUAUGGCAGCUUCCUACAUAGAGCCAAUAAUUCCAGAAGAUUUUCAAAGUAUUUUUGAAGUAUUCCGAAGCGUCACUAGCUUGUUCUUGGCUUGCUGUAGUGAGAUUAUCAGUCCCAAAUGUCACCUGUCAUUUUUUCCCUUGAUAACAGAGAAAAUCAAUCACUUGUCUAUUUUUCUUGCAUUUUAGUAGUAUUUUAUUUACAGCCAUGCAAGGACCUCAACAAAAACCUAUGACAAUGGUGACAUAUAGCGAGCCCGUAGCUGUAGGUAUCCACUUAACCCAUAAACUUGUGUUAGGAUGUGGACUACUCUCUGCACCGUGAUAAAAACCUCUAGUUGAUUCAGAUACAUGCAAAAAUUGUGAAGUUGGCUAUAGAUCAAUAUAAGAAAUUAGCUGUCAUUUUGCUGUGUUAUGGUAUAUUCGCACUCAGAAAAAAGGUCUCCCUUUGUUACUUCUGUAAUUAAAAUGCAUAGAGUAAAAAUGAACGUUUUUUGAGAAGAAUUUAGAAGCCAUUUUUCUUACACAGCAAUUAAAGUUUUGAAACACAGAGCAAUAUUUCCAGAAUUGCUUAUGGAAGGAUUUGAGAUCACACACAAAAGAUCUCUUUGUCGAGGCUUUACAAUCUAAAUUGCCAUUGGCAAAACAAAGGCAAUUUGGAAAUAGAUAUUGUAAUUUAGAAAGUGGAUUUGGAUGGAGAGUAAACGUUAUUUCCUCAGUUCUAUGGAAAUGAUUGAACUGUCGCCAGAACUGACCUGGGACACAGAAUGAAAUGAUAUCUUAUCGAUGUAUUAAUAAGGGCUGAUUGUUUUCUCAUAGCUGUUUACAAUGAGCGCUGAUGCUGUCUAAACGAGCGAUGUUCGGCGUUGCUGUGCAGCGGGUGGGCAGCAGGUGGCGAUGUUGCUCCUCCCACCGCUUCGCUGCUCUAUUGACUUUGCCCUCCUCCCUCCUAGUGGAAGACCUAGAAAGAAACGAAGGCUCUUAUUCAAGACCCUUUUUCUCGACUCCGACUCUAAUGAAGAUUUUGCUGGAGGAGGGCAAGAUCAAGAAGUGGUAGGAGAGCCAGCUGGGCAUCCUGCCGCCUGUAUCGCCUGCCUCCCUCCCACACUGUAUCUGUCCAACACACCUUCUGUAGUGCUUUGGUUGGGGACCUUCGUAUCCCAGCCCUGCUGGCUUGCUUUUGCAUCUUAUACCAAAGCCCAUACUGUAGCCUGUGAAGUCAUCAGAAGUCGCAAGGGAAUUGUUAAAUACAUGCAACAUUUUUAUACUAAGAUCUUUCGUUUUGUAAUUUAUUUUUAUUAUUUUUUUUUACAUAGAGUCACUUGGAUGUUUUGAAAAAUAUAUUGAAAACAAUCAUAAUCUUUUUAAUAGUACUCGACGAAGGAUACAUGAUUUAAAUUGGUAGCUCCUAGUAUCUUUUUAAAGAAGACGACUAAAAGACUUCUGUAGGGGAAAAAUUGGUAAUUAAAGCAAGAUAAGUGUUUUUAAGGCCCUUCCCCCACUCCUGGUUGACAGUCAACCGGUUAAGCGGACCACCCGCUUUGGGUUUUGCCCCAGUAGAGAAUGCAUCCUGUGAGAGCUGCCAGUCAGUCAUCUGCCCUUACCACUCAAUUCUCUCAGUGCCUUCCUGGCUGGCCAGUACUUCCCGGACCUUGUGGGAAAGUGGACAGACCUCCUUUGAAAGAAAUUAAACUUUAAACCCUGCAGUGUUGAGUGAUGACAAGUCUUCUCAUGUUUCUUUUGUUUUGUUAUUUUUGUUUUGUUUUGUUUUUGAUGUUUUGUUUUGUUUGGGGUUUUCUUGUUUUGUUUGGGGUUCUCUUCCCUGUCUUGCUCACUGACUGGACUCCACUGGCCAUGACUUUACUCUUGGAUAUCCUCACCAUCAGAGGAGUACAUUGUGUGAUACAAACAAUUCCCCUUGUGCCUAGUGGCUAUUUACAAAUGGGUGCCACAGGCAAGCAAAGCAGCCUGAAAGAACACGUGUUGGGUUUGUCUUUGUUUUUACUAAACGAAGUUUUAAAGUAUAAUCUUUUCUAGAGCGGUUCCUUAAAACUAUGGGUCAGCAUGUACAUGCCCAGUGUCUUACCCAUACCUGAAGGGUCAGCCUGUGGGAGUGCCACAGGGAAACUUUCCCUCUGAGGGGAAGCUGUGUGCUGUGCUGAAAAGCUCCGUUAUACAUGGCUCUCCCAUCCUGUUAUGGAUUGCCAAUUCCACUAACUUUUAUAUGAAACAAACUGUUUACCUGUCAGGUUUUUUAUUGUGCCAAUAGGAACUGGAACAGUUUUUAAUUCCAUUUUGAAUAAUUUUAUGAGGAUUGCUAAGUUUUUGGAGAACUUGACUCAGUUAGCCAACUCAGCAUAAGAGCAAAUCACUGAGAAGGCAUUAGUGAGAGUCAAUCAACAAUAACCUACUGCUGUUUAUUGACGGUUUGUUGAAAAGUCACUUUAGAUAUCUUUAUACCAAAAAGUUCCCACCAGCGCCUUGCAGUGUGGGCUUAUCACCCCUAGCCUACCCCGCCCCACGCCUGGUGGUUUGGGCUCUCCUGAGCCCAUGGCGGUGUGGGUUAUGUAGUUAGUGUGUCUCUGCUAUGCAGGAACACUAAAAGCAUAUGGUCUAAAUACAUUUGAUAGCUAAAAUGGUUAAUAUUUCAUUAAAUUUGUUGGUACUCAUUGUAUAUUUGGUUUCUUCUAAUAAAGAUUUCCAUAAGAGACA